UUAUGAGAUUAUCUAUCAAAUCUUCCACAUUUUCCUUUAUGGGAAGAAAACAUACCUAUUAUUAUUUCCUUCAAUCACAAGUAUUAUGAUUCUUAUAUAUAUGGUUAGCCAUAACGUGGCAAGAAUUAACGUGGAAAAUUACAUCAUGGCAAUACACAGACGUGGAUAUCAUAUAGUUCCAAGUUUGAUGACGUCGAGAUUAUUUUCACCCGUCAUGCACACUUGGAUAAUAUCAGCUCUUGUUUUAAUGGUUGCAUGGAAAUUUGAUUAUGGGUACACCAACGAAGGGUUACUUUUCGCUCCACUCUAUCUCUUGACAACUAUAGGAGAAAUGACAACUAAAAUCGUCAGUCCAUCCGACAAGAAGCUAGGGUGCAUAGUCGCAAGUCUUAGCCAUCUUUGGGGAGGUUGCACCAUUUUUAUGCUAAGCUUCAAUUCUGGAAGCAUUGCGAGUCGUGAGAGCAAACGGAGAAAUCUCAGCUUAAGCGAGCAAGAAGAACCAGGAAGAAGCUACAGAACAACGCCGGGAACCAUCGCAGAAUUACGAUGGUGGUUUUCAAAACUUGCACAAAUCGUUGAGACAAUAUAUAAUGUUAAUGUAUCAUCGUCGAAAAAUCUCCAUAAUUGUAAAAAACUAGAAGGAAGCGCAGAUUAGUGAAUCAAAUUGAUAUAGACCACUUUGGAAAAGUUCCAAAUUUUCGAAGCGUAACUAAAUAGUAACAAUUAUACUAAAAUCAUUAGGACUCUGUCUAACACUUUUAAGAUAUAGUUAUACAAACUUAGAAAGUAAAAUAUAAAAUAGAUUGUCCCAAACGAAUCAAAAGUAAUCCUUGGAAUUUUAACUAUACGAAAGAUUAUCUAAUUAAUAAAUAAAAUUUUAUAUAUUCCUAAUUAGAAGGUCCAUACACAUUUCGUGUAUUGACUACAACAAAAGAAACAAAACGUGAAAGAAACAUAGAAGAUUUUAUAUGAUAUUGUUUAUCGAUGAUAAAUGAUACCUGCAAAAACACUAUAAUUUAACCAUCACGACAACAAAAGCAUACUGGAAAU